AUGUCUAUCUCUGCGGAAGAAUUUCGUUUCUGGGACUGCUCAAUCGAUGACUGUCCCAAUCCUUCGGCAAUUGACAUAGGCAGUUGUGAGCGAUGCCAGCAACACUUUUGCUCGACCCAUGUUGAUUCACCUUUACACAGAUGUGACAAAGGCUUUAUAGACGAUGCUACCUGGGACGCAACUCAGAUAGAGGAACUGGAAUCCCUUCAUCGGAGGGUCAAUUACGAGUCGCUUUUGCGCCGCGCCUCCUUAUUAAAACGCGGGAUUCCUUGCCAACUAGAUGACACAGACCCCCUUGGAAGAUCUCUUCUUGGUGGCAUGCAUGUUCAUCGCCGCAUUGUCUUUGCAGAUAGGUCGAGCUGGCUUGCACGCUUGCCACGUCAGAACUUCACCUCGUUCUCUGAUGAGACCACCAACAAUAUGCUACUGAGCGAAUGUGCCACACUGCAAUGGCUAUCGCGUAUCCAAGAUGUCCCUACCCCAAAGGUUCAUGGCUAUGGAUUACGAAAUGACCCACAAAACGAUGUUGGCGCUGCAUACAUGCUGAUAGAUGAGAUGCCCGGACGACCUUUACUGUAUCUGGAACCAACACCUGAGCAGCUAGAAAAAGUAUACAGAAGCUUGGCACGCAUUUUACGCAUACUGAGCGAGCAUCCAUGCGAAAAGAUCGGGUCACUCACGUACGAUUCUAGCGGAGAAAUUUGCGUAGGACACAUUGCAGGCGACCGCGCUGGAACGCUGCCGCCACUUGGUCCGUUUUCAAACGCAGUCGAUUACUACCUGUUCUCGUCCUAUGCAGCUGAUGCAUAUCUCAUUUACAAAUACAUAGCUAAGUUAGCUGUGGAAAGGCGUUUUAAUUGUUUUGAGAACGAUCUUGACAACGGCCCAUUCUUUCUAAAACACAUGGACGACAAGGGAGACCAUAUCAUGGUAGAUGACGAAUUCAAUGUCGUUGGACUCAUCGACUGGAGCUUUGCUAGGACUGUCCCUAUCUACGAAGCUUUUGGGCCCUCCCUUGUCAGCGCGGAUAUGAGUUCAAUAUAUAGUGGGAUAGCAGGCCGUGGCGAUCAAGAUAAGGCGCUUCAAUAUGCAUUGGAGUCUGAAUGUCAACAUUUGGGUCGAUUUGCUGCUGCGCCGGACCUGAUACGCCGCCUCUGUUUUGGACUUGGAACGGGAAUGAACUUCUCCUGGAAGGAAGCUCUAGAUGUCUUUCAGGGAAUGGUUAAUACGGUUGACGGAACUUCAGAAGUUCUCGAUUGGGAAAAAUGGCGUACCACUCAUUUAUCACAGUUCUCGAAUGAUCACACGCUGCAACAGCUUGCAGAAUCUGCGGUAAACGGAGAGGAAUCCAAGCUGGAAGGCAAACAGAAGCACAACCCUUUUCGUUUUGCAACAUGCUCUGUACCAGAAUGUGACAAAGCAGGUGUUCGUGGGGCCAGCUGUUCGAUGUGUCAAAGACAUCUGCGUGCGAUACACCAAGACAAGAAUUUUCAUACCUGUCCUUCCAUGUCUGAGCUGAAUGAUGAGGCAUGGGAAAAGGCUAUAAAUGAUGAGGUAGAAGUGUUGCUCUCCGAAAUUAAUGUGAGCGAACUCACGAAACGAGCAACGUCCCUGAAUGGCGGGAAGCAUUGUAGACUUCAACCAGGCAAGCACAUAGGGGCUGGGUCGCUCAUGGGCUGCGCAAACUAUCAUGCAAUUCUUAUAUUUGAUGACGGCGAGGAACGGCUCGCUCGCAUUCCACGAACAGGAUUCAGCGACGUCCCAAUGGACCUGGUGGAAUAUCUGGUAGCGAGCGAGUAUGCUACGCUCAAAUUUCUGGAGUCGACGAGGCUGCCUUCUCCGAAAGCAUUUGGUUAUGGAAUUCUUUCUGAUACAGCCAACGCCGUGGGUGUUAACUACAUAUUGAUGGAGAAAUUGCCAGGGAAGCCUUAUUAUCCGUACCUUGCAACGCCAGACCAACAGAGUCGAGUGAUAAGCCAGGUAGCCGACUUCUUGAUCGAACUGAGCAAAUAUCCCUUACCUCAUGCUGGCUCGCCUUUAUCGACAGAAGGCAGUAUCAACGUUGGACCCGUGGUGAGCAACCGGUUCGUUUCCCUUGGGAAAUACGGCCCUUUCGACAGCGCCGUGGAAUACUUUACCGGUAUCACAGACGAGUACCUCAGCCUCAUAGCGGAUAAGCAAAUUUACGAUCAAUACCCAAAGGAAGCCUUUCUGUUCUACAAAUUACUUCAUCGACAUGCAGCAGACUUGUGCUGCAAUGAGACCCGUGGGGCCUUUUAUCUUAAACAUGUCGAUGAUAAAGGCGAUCAUCUACUUAUCGAUAACGACUACAACGUCACUGGGAUUAUUGAUUGGCAAUUUGCACGAGUUGUUCCUGCCUGUGAAGCCUUUGGUCCGUCGCUCGUAACGGCUGAUCUGGGUGCCCUUUACUCCGGCACAGCCAGUCUCUCGGAGGAUGACAAGACGCUUUUACAAGAGCUGAAACUUAAGGGAAGGGAUGACUUAGCUGUCUAUACUGGCGAUUUCGAUCCUGUUCGAAGGUUCCACAUGGGUCUUGCAAGUGGAUUCAAUCGGGACGAAGCCUGUGAUCUUAUCAAAGGGAUGCUGGUUUCUCUUGGAGAAGAGCCUAUGGACAUUGACUCGUGGAUUGAACAGGAAUCUGAAAAGUGUCGCGAUGAUUAUCGAUGGAAUCUAAUAUUCUCCUAA